CGCUAGUUGUUGCUUUGUUGUUUGACUCAAGCAAGUUUUGUCCUUGCUGUCCAUUCGUCAGAGCAAGAGUCAUCCUAACUUAGCCGAGCUCACCAUUUUUCGAUUUUCAGAGACAGGCCCACCAUCGCGUUCCCAAGAUAUGACUUCAAAAGCACGCUCAAAGUCUUUAAGUAACCUUCAUUCCCCUUCAAAUCUCUUUCCGCUGGGACAAGCACCUCUUGUCUACCUCCCCGACGAAAGUCGCCUAGCGAACAAAAGGCUCAAAGAGGUCAAGCCCCUCUUCUCCCUUCCCAAACUUCAAGAACAUUCGUCAACUCAAGACAGGCUGCUGCUAGGUUUGAGCCCUGAGGUACAGCAGCGUAGAUCACAAGACCACUCCCAGGUUUCUGUGUCAAGCCCUUUUGGGAUACUGGAAGAUGAGCCGCUCAUAGUGCGGAACGAAUCUGAAGUACACCUAAAAUACAAUGGUGAUGCUGUCGAUCAAGAGACAUUAUGGGAAAAAGUCUCUCCAGAACAUACAAUGAAGCUAGCUGGAUCUUCCCCAUUGCGAACUUGGGAUCUGGAUAGUGGAAACAAUGCGUCGGUAUCCAAGUCAUCUUUUCUAUCGGAAAGAUCACCACACGAUUUCGAUUCCGUGAUCUUAUCUCUGGAAUCUUCCAGUUUGUUGAAUAGCCCAGUAACCCUCCCACAAGCCGCCACCUUUGAAUCAAAACCGCUACUAGAGCUCCUCUUGAGAGCCACUUUAGGCACAGUCACAACCGGCGAAUUGAUGUGGGACAAGAAACUCUCAGCUUUUGUAUUGGGUGAAAGAAGUGAACGAGUAUUGGGUCUAGAGAGGGAGACGCUUUCUGGGUUCAAAACAAACUUUUUGACCAUUGGAACCUCUGUGAGGAGACUAGAACUCAUCAUCGACAGCCAGAGUAAUCUUCCUCUCACUUCAACACAUCAUGCGCUUUUCCACGCUUUAGGAACUUAUCUCACGUAUAUCAAGGAUCGUCUUGCGUGUGCCGCGACUGAAUGUCAUGAGCAAGGGCCGUCAAGAUGGAAUAGUUGGAUGUUGGCGACUCGCCAUGUGAAGCAACUUGCUGAGACCUUAUGUGGUGUCGUGCGUUGGCCAACAAGUUCUCCCGACGCCCAUGCUCUCCCAUCGCGUGCUUCCGCAUUACUCACGCACUUGCAUGGUCAAUUCUUGGCCAUCUUAUCAACUUCUCCGAGCCAGCAUCACCCUUCUGCAAUCGCCUUAGCUUAUCUUCUAAGUCAAGCUUCUGCUCCUUUUCUGAACCUCCUUCAAUCAUGGUUGGGUUUUCCGGGGACUGAUGAUGAAGAUCAAAGUCCAGGUUCGCAACCAUGGACUGAUUUAGGAAUCUCGAGGAAAUUAGUCGGCGACGCUUGGAAGUAUGAGUUUUCGGCUGGGAGGAUGCCCGGAUUUGUUCCCAAGGAAGCCCGGAGGAUUUUAUACGAGGCAGGCAAAGGUCUGAGGACACUAAAAGUAGCCACAAAUGGGCUUCAUCCUUUAUGCAACAUCAGGCAGGCUAUUGACAUUAGAUGGAUUUGGGGAGACUCCGAAAAAAGCGAGUUAAGAAAUCACCUUCGCCAUAUUCAAAGACAAGUCGAUCAUUGGCAUCGACAUCAAUUGUCCCGAUCAUCGUCGAACAGACUAACGCAAAUACCCUCUCAAAAAGAAGAUGAAACGGAUUACAUGGAGUCCAACGAGCGCAAUACACCUCGGCAUGAGGAGUACGCUUUAUAUCCAAGACCUGAAUCUGAUAUUGGCGAUUUAUGGUCUUUAUUUAAUCAGCCACCUGGCUCUCAAUUAUCAUUAUCUCAUCCACACCAUUCCCAUUCAGAAUUCCCACUUUGGGGCCCGACUCCACUCACAUACCUUCACGAGUUUAUAUCUCGGCAUUCUUCUCCCAAUCACCCGCUUCUCCCCCCUUCUUGCCCAACACUGUCAAUCUUCAUUUCCAAUCAGAUCCUUGAUCCCUUGCUUGCUCACGCAACCCUCAUAUCUACCUCCUUAGUCUCUCUGUACCUCCAUGACUUACGAUUCCUCGACCAUUUGGAUGUGCUGAGAGCCUUCUGGCUAGCCGGAGAUGUAGGUUUUACGGAGCGCGUCAGCAGCGCUUUGUUUGGCAAGGACAGUGCAGGUGCCGGUGAAGCUGUGGGGCUCGGUAAAAGAGCUCGGAUCAGGGCGCGGUUAGGUCUCGGUGAAGAUGAUGACAAACAGGACCGGGAUAGUGACUGGGGAAUAGGACUAGGCAUUGGAUUGAGCGAAAGAAGUCGGUGGCCUCCGGGAGGUGCAGAGCUUGCGUAUGCCUUGAGAACAACUCUCCUGAACCAUGAAGAUAACGAUAGGAAAAAAUCGACGGGGUCAGUAUGGCAAGACGUAGGAGACCGCGUCUCAUUUGCCGUACGAGAAUUACCAGAGGAAGAAAACAGCGGGAAAAGGGCAAGAUGGCUGAACCCACAAGCAAUUGAAGCACUCGAUUUCUUAUAUCUUUCAUAUUCACCUCCGGUAGCCAUUACAGACAUUUUGCCCCAUCAGCUCAUGGAGAAGUAUCAAACGAUCCACAAUCUUAUCCUAAGGCUUUCGCGAGUUGACCUCGUUCUCCGUACGAUGUACUGGGACGUGAUACAUCAAUUCGAACUUUUCAACGAGCCUCACAAGAUUGGCGUAGACUUGAGACCAUCCUCGGGAUUGCCUUGUUAUCGACUGCAAGAGAGAUCUACGCACUCGCUCUUCCCCAAAGGAUCAAUUGCUCAAAGGCGUUUGCAGAUACUGCGAUUCAGGAUGACCCAUUUCGUCAACGUAUUCGGAAGAUACGUGUUGGAUAUUGCAAUAGGAAGCAACUGGGAUGCAAUGAAAAGAAGGCUAGAGAGGCUGCGGAAGGAUUGUACAGGAAAGGCACAUAAUCGACAAGGGACGUCUGAGGAGGAAUCGGAUGAAGCAUGGGUGGAGAGUACUCUCCAUGAUGAGGAAAUCGACGAAAUUGCUCCAGGAGGUAUUCGUCGGCUCCAAUCCAUACACUCUAUUGUUCUGUAUCACAACAUGGUUCUGGACAAGAUCUGUCGCGCCUGUUUACUGGGGCCUCAAUCGGGCCAACAAGUAACCUUCAAGAUCCUUAUGGUGUUGUUUGGAUUGGUUUUGGACCUGGGGAAAACAGUGAAAGAGGUGGAGAGAGGUGUAAGGGGAUGGGAAGAUGGGGUAGAGAAAGUCGAUGAGAUCGAAAAGGAAUGGCAUGAGAAAGAAGCUACAUUUCUUCAUGCUUUGGAAAGGCUCUCACUUAGAUCUACGCAUCCCAAGACUAAUACUAUGGAGCGAGAUGGAAUCGAUCAGGACUUGCAGGUCCUUCAUAGCAGCGCACCGGAAACUGCAAAUGGCGGCCAUGGCAAUCCGGAGGGGCUGGCGGGCAAUGAUUUACGAGAACUCUGGCUGCGUCUGACAUUCAAAGAAGGGGGCGGAAUUGCGGUGCGGGGCAUUCGAAAGAACGAGGAUGACUAGUCCAAAAGGAUGAAUAUGAAAGGAGGAAUACGCAUGUUGCAAUAGUAACAGUAAUUAUGCUAACAGGUGGAACUGCGGUGAGACACACUGAUUGAUCGCCUCAAAUUGAAAUGAAGAACAUGUUGUUGUGCAUGAACGCGAGAACGAGGUACAGACGGAGUACGGUAUUGGCGGGCGUGCCACGUUAGUUCGAAUCAUAUGCACAAAGCAACGUAUGCGAAGUCGUCUUGCCGUCUACCAUAAUACUGCGAACAAUCAGUGUGAUGCAAAAUGAAAUCUCUGCACUCCUUCCAUGCU